UCAUAUUCCUAAUGUCUUCGUAAACGGUCACUGUAAUUUUUAUUAUAUUAGGACCAACAUUUAAUCCUGUUAUCACUAGUAUUUUAGUUGACAAAUGGGACCAAAGUAGCCAUCCUUUAUAUUAUUCUCCACCCACUAAACUUUUUCUCGUUGCAUUGCAGCAUUAUUCACUAGCUAGAUAGAUCUGAGCUUGAAUUCACACCAACAUCUAAACAUGGAAGCCCUUCUCUCCCAGUUCACUUUCCUCUCGGAUCAAGCUUUACAAGACAAGAACUUCGAUCCAUCGACAAUCGAAGACCUAAUGAAGCUUUUUGAGAUUGAAUCUUACAAGGCAUGGGCAGCUAUGGAACUUGAGCAGGAAAAAGAAGUGAAAGAAGCUGAAAUAACUAUGCAGCAAGCUGAGGAUUAUCUUGAUUCUGUCAUGGAAAAUGCAAUGGAUGAGUUUAGGUGGUUUGAGGAGGAUAUGGAACGCAUGUCAAAGGCUGAACUGAAUGGUCUGGAAGAGACGGCUGAGAAGGCUAGAAAAAUGGGUAACUUAAUGGAAAAAGCUGCAACUAUUGCCUCAAAAAAGUAUGUUGAGGCUGCAGUGAAUUCUGCUACUGCUUCCAUGAAAUCUGCUUGGAAAGGACUUUCCUCUAACAAGGUUCAUCCUUCAUGAAAGCAAAAUUUCUUUUGUUAUUUACAUAUAUAAUUGAAAGAGCCUAUAUAUGGGGUUUCUUUCCUGUGACUGUUUGUUACUUUGCAUAUUUCUUUUAAAGUAGAAAAUUAGGUAAAAGUAAUUGAAAUCCAUGAACUGGGUUUCAAAAACUUGGUAAACAAUGUUCCAGGAGUAAGAAAAUUGGUUAGAUCAAGCAGACAAUUUUCCUUCAUAUAUAAUUUUUUUUGUGUUUUUGUCUUGAAUGUCAUCAUGAACUAGCCUAAUAUCAAAGAUUCUUCCCUCCGCCCCCAAUUCAAUAGGGUUGGCUAUAGUAAAAUGUUCCUAUAUAAAUUUUUUGUUAGGCCUGAUUCCUACACAAAUUCUUCAGUUUCUAUGGCAUGCAAUCUAAUUUCUCCAUUCCCUGAUUUCUCCAUUACUAUCUUCUGUUUCUUCAAUAGUCAGAUUAGAUGUGUUGAAUUGAUAAUAUUCCCAAUGGAUGUUUUUAGGGAAUGAUCCUGUCAAAGCAGCAGUAUCAGUUAAUUUCUGUGGUUAUGGAUGCUUAUUUGCAGUAGUUUUCUAGCUAGCAACAAACAAAUACCUAUUCAGGAAUUCAUGGAUCUGUUCUUGGUUUAUUUUCUUUUCACAAAACUGAGAACUGAGAUGCCAAGAGUUGAAAACGAGCUGAGAUUUUAUCCUAGUAAUAGAGCAUGUUGCAGAUAAAUCACAUCUUCAGUUGCAUUUAACAAGCAAACGCCAGAAAUCAGAAUUAUCCGACUCUCACCAUGAAGUCCAAAUAUAGUAUCUGAUUGAUGAAUUAAACAAUGGCUUUCCCAGAAAAGCAGAAACUGUAAUCCUACAUCUCUUUGAUAACUUAAUACUAACGCAGCAAAUUCUGAUU